AUGCAGUCUUUCGCAUACUCCCAGACCUCCGUGGUUCCCGCUGCCACUGCCUCCAACGUCGAUGACCAACUGGACAACUUCUUCAGCCCCAACACGCUAGACACUUCUUCGGAGCACUCACCGCACAUGGCCGACAGUCGCAGAGAGUCCUUUGCUACGGGACCACCGCUUUUCUCUCCCAAGACGGAAGACUGGCAGUCGGUCGAUAUGCAGUCCAUUCCCUCCAACAAUACCUAUGCCGACCACCAAGAAGCAACCGGCUAUCUACGAAUGGACCACGACAACGGCCAUGGCUUCAGCGCGCCUUCGGCCGGCUCGUGGGGUAUGGCUGCCCAGACUUCGCUCCCCCAGUUUGACCCUGCAGUGGCUGCUGGUUUUGAGGUCCCUACCUCCAUCUACCAGAACGCUGCCCAUGCCCCCAUGCCCUUUCCCAGCAUGUUUGGCCCCAUGCCGACCGAGUCGAAGCAGGGGCAAAUAUCUCCGAGGCACGAGUGGCCUGCUACCAAUCAAACCAUGCAUCAGACCACCUCGGCCGGAGCUGAUGGUGACCAACUUGCCUCCCCAGGCGACCUCCGUCGCGAUAGUGUACGCAAGAGAAAUGCGCGCUUUGAGAUCCCCCCAGACCACAACCUGAACAACAUAGAUCAGCUCAUUGCCGAGUCUACCAAUGAGAUGGAAAUCAAGGAGCUCAAGCAGCAAAAGCGUCUUCUCCGCAACCGCCAAGCCGCUCUGGAUUCCAGACAACGCAAGAAGCAGCACACUGAGCGACUCGAGGAUGAAAAGAAGCAGUACACGGCAACCAUUGGAGAUCUGGACAUGGAAGUCAACUCCCUGCGAGUGCAGUUGGAAGAAUCACGCCGCCAGUGUCAAUUGUACAUGCAACACUGUGACAAUCUUACCCUUCAAAAGGAAGAGAUGAUUCGCAACCACACCAUUGAGUCCCGAGAGCUGCGCAAAAAGGUCAGUGUGCUCACCGAGAAUAUCACUGCCCUGGAGAGCAACUCUGUGCCCACCCCCGGCCCCAGUGGCAAUACCAUCAAUGGGCCUUUUGGUGAGGUUGACAGCCUCUGCAUGCCUGGUGGCUGGGAUAAUGCCAAUUUCAUGCACCAGUACAGCAUGAUGCCCGACCCCCCUAAGCAGAGCAUGCAGCCAUCUGCGGCCAACAGGGCUGAGACUGGCUCCUCUGGAGACGGCGAAAAGACGGCCACUCAAGGUGGGCUGCUCUUCAUGCUAUUCCUUGUUGGCGCAUUCGUCUUGUCCAGCCGUUCAGUUCCUGAGCUCCCUCAAAUUUCCGACGAUGUCCGUUCCGCCUCUGCAGCGCUGCUCGAUAAUGUCUUGAAAGAGGCUGGCAUGCCCUCAUCCUCCGCUGUGCAACCCCUGCCCUCUCAGUCUGCAACGGGCAACUGGGGCGACAUGCCCACCAGCACUGCCAUGGCUGGCGUCUCCAUGGACGGCGUUGCCGCUCCCAUGCUUGGCGAGCUUCAUGAAUUCAUGCAGCCGACCCGGGAGCAGACCAACGAGCAAGCCUUUUCAAUGUCAGCAGCACAGUACAAUGGCGUGAGCGACCAAUCGUUUAUGCAGAACGGACCCGCGGACAGGAUGGCCGAGCAGAGCCAAGGGCGCAAGAACCUGGCUGCAGCAUUAGCAGAGAUCCGCGCAACCAACAAGCAGUCUGGAUCCGCUGAUGUGUACACGCGCACGCUUCUCUGGGACCAGAUCCCGCGAGAUGUCGUGCGGGACUUUAUAAAGAUGAUUGCGGACAACAAUGCCGCACAAGAAUGA